AUGCAGUCCAGUCGAAGCUUCUCAUUUAGCCGAGCAGUGCCAGGCGAAGUUCCGAUGUCAAAGGCAAUUGCAUGUCUCCACGAGCCUUCAAAUUUCAUCGGCUUGAGCCCGUACGUUAUCAGUUAUCACCUUGCACCGUCGACGGAGCCAUCUUCCACCGCCGUCUCCAAAAACUAUGUGAUCAGCGACCGUGUCAACUAUUUGCCUUUCGGCCUCUGGACGGGACAGAUCGAUGUGCCUGUCACCUAUACAAAUCAAGAGGACGGAGUAGAGGUAGUGAAGAAACCGCCAGUAGGAAUCACUGUCCUGGAGCGCUGGACUCUCCAACCGCCUACGAUAAGCAACCCGCAACAUCCUAACGUUGCCGAGCUGGUCCUGCGCGCUGAACUACAUGGAAACUCUGUAACGCUUUGCAUGGUCGAAGGAAUCAUGAAGAAGUCCCUUGAAAGCUACAUUGAUGGCAUGGUGAAGGUGCUUCAAGCUCUUGAAUAA